AUCCCCUCCGGAUCUAUAUUGUUAUAUCCUUUCAAGAAACACUUUCAAACUCGACUCCCUCUUCGACUAUCGUUGCCUUAAAAAGGACGCCACAAGAUCCAUCCCUUGGGACGUAAAAUGAACGACUAAUAAAGACCACGUACAUCCUCGUUGCGUUCAUCGUCACCUGGAGGGGGAGCGUCCCCUUCCAUGAAUCAUGAAUAAUGCAGGUGGAAGUCGACAUGCACGAUUGCAGGAAAGGAAAGACUGGGUGAUUGUAGGCAUCCUGAAAAGAGGAUGGACACGUCAAAAGUAUGGAAAACAGGUGACGUCUCGUUAAAAAUCGAGCAGGCGGCCAGAAAGUAGAAGGUAACGUUUCCUUUGAUUGAUUCGCCAUGCGACGGCCCCAGGACAAAGACAUCUCGAUAAUUUGGACGAGUUUCCUGAUGAAAAUCGUGGGGUUGUGGUUGGCCGCCGAUCGAAACGAGCAACGAUGCAGAGAUUUCGCAUUGAUCUACACCGUUGGAACGCUGUUCAUCAGCGUGUGCAUCGCGUUCAGGGAUAUAUACCACUCUUGGGGAAAUUUUUCCGAUAGCGUGUUUAUCUGUUGCAACAUUUUAUACGUGGCGAUCGUGCUGUUGAAGAUCAGCGUGUUGUACACGCACAAAGUAGAGUUCUUUAAUUUGAUCACGUUCACGCAGAGGAACUUUUGGCGCUUUUACAACGACCCGCAAGAAGUAUUAAUCAUCGCUGGUUGCAAGAGAAUAUGCAACUUUUCCAUCGUCCUUAUCGUGUUCUGUGCCCAAGGCACUUGUGCCGGCUACAUGGUCACCCCUCUUAUAGAAAAUAUAGGGAAAAAUGAAUCUGACAGAGCAUUGCCGUUCAAUCUGUGGAUUGAUUUCCCCGUAGGAUUGUCGCCUUACUUUGAACUACUUUUCAUUAUACAAAUACUUUGCGUGUAUCACGUGGCCACCUGUUACAUUUGUUUCGACAAUCUGUUGUGCAUCGUGAAUCUUCACGUUGCCGGCCAAUUCCGCAUAUUGCAACACAGACUGAAGAAUUUGGUGGCGGAUGAAGGAAGGGGCGAUACACCGCGUUACGAGAACUGUUGCUACGAGAAGUUGAGGGAUUGCGUGGAGCAGCAUCAAACCCUCAUCGAGUAUUGCAAAAGAUUGGAGAAUAUAUUCACGGUGAUGGUGCUUGGCCAAGUAAUGUUCUUGCCGUGGUUAUAUGCCUCGUCGGAUUUCAAUUGUUUCUCGCGGAGACUCCAGCUUCGAAGAGAGCCAGUUUGGUGGUCAAUCUGGGCGGCACCUUCUUUCAACUGUUAAUCUUCACGUACAGUUGCGACAAUUUGAUACGACAAAGCGUGAACGUGGGCAACGCGGUAUUCUCAGGGCCUUGGGUGAAUCUGCCAAUGAAUAAAGCUGGCGCCCUCGUGCGGAAAAAUCUGAUAAUCGUCAUAAUGAGAUCGCAGAAAGUUUGUUGUUUGACAGCUGGCAAAUUUUUUCCCGUCUCUCUGGAAACUUCUACCGCGGUUCUCAGUACGGCAAUGUCGUAUUUUACUCUGUUAAAGCAAUCGAGCCUAGAUGCAGAAAAUAUAUAAUACAUAUAUAUUAUACGUUCGUAAUAACAGAAGAAUUUUGUACAAUUAUCAAUCUGCCUCUGUGUUUCUCUCUUUCUGGAUGAAAUGGCACAAGUAAAUCCAAAUAAUUGAAAUUAUUGAUGUACAUGUACUUAUGUAUUAACAACAAUUUAUAGAGAUAUUAUUUAUUGCAGAUUAGGUGGCCAUCAGGAUUCCCA